GUCAGACCUCAUUAGGCGAUUGAACAAAUCCAAGAGGAGCAAGCUGUGUGGCCAAGAGACUGCAGGUUGAGCCAGCUCUCUGGACGCUCUGACUGCUGAACUUCGAUUGCAUGUCAAAGUGUUUACAAAGGUUAAGUGUCUUGCACCAGACAAAUCUCUUGAAUUCACUUGUGACCCGCGUCUCUCUCCUCACCGCCCAGUGUCUAAGCUGAUUGGCUCGGUCUUUGUCCCUGACCAGCAAGAACUGGUUCCUGAGGCCUGACAGAGCCCAGGAAUGGCUCUCACUGAACUGAAAUGGAGUUUGUUCCAAGCCAAGGCCCUGGUCUGCUCAUUGCUGCUCCUAUUGUGUCUGCACACAACCACAGGGAUGUCAGGGUGGGGUGGAUGUCUGGACGGUCAGGAUGUGUUUGCAGCAAUCACAGAAAACAGCCCUCCGGGAGAAGUGGUUGCUGAACUCAUGGCCGACACCACGAUGGAGGGAGUUCACUGGAGGCUCGAUGGAAAAGACGCUCAUUGGUUCUUGUUGGAUGAAAGAAACCUCCGGCUGAACGCGUCAGCUGACAAGGUCCUCGACCGAGAGGCUGAGGGUCCUGUCCUAAUGGCUGAGUUAUCGUGUCAUGAGGAGGACACACUUCAGAGUGUGUACAGGAUCAUGGUGGAGGUUCUCAAUGAGAAUGAUAAUCUGCCUACGUUUGCAGACGACAAUGUCCUCUCUCUCAUUAUCAGUGAGCUGACUCCAGUAAACACGGUGGUCUUUACCGUCCAGGCAACAGAUGCAGAUAAUGACGAGAUCAUUUACUCUAUUGACCAGACAUCACCGGAUGCACAGUACUUCAGAGUUGAUCUCCCCAACAGUGGAGAGGUGAUCCUGUCCAAACCUCUCGACUAUGAGACCAAAACCCUGCUUACUGUCACCAUCCACGCCUCGGAAAUGACCACAGCUGAGCAUUUCAAUACCAGCACCAUCGUCACCAUCAACAUCGUGGAUGGAGAUGACCAGUACCCACAGUUCCUGCCCUGCAUGCUGCUUUUCCAGGAUGAGACCAGCACCGUCUGCACCAGCCCUGUGUACACAGUCAAUGUCACAGAGGGUGAAGAGGACAUUGUGUUGGACUUCUCUCCUGGUCCCAUUCAUGCAGUGGAUGGAGACAGAGGACUCAGCUCCACAGUCAGCUAUGCCAUUCUCUCAGGAGACGAUGACGGGCAUCUCCUGAUGGACAGCAAGACAGGGGAGGUGAGACUGAUUCGGGCGAUUACAGACAGUCUCACAACUCCAGUGCUGGAGCUAAAGGUCAUGGUAUAUCAGGACGACGACCCCAGGAAGUACUCUGUUGCCACAGUGCUCAUCCGAGUUCUGUCAGUCAACGAGUUUUAUCCAGAGUUCGACCGGGAUGAAUAUCAAGGUUUUUUAAUUGCAGGAAAGAACCUGGCCUCUCUGGUUAUUACCUACGGCAACAAGGCCUUGAUGUUACGUGUAAAAGAUCGAGACUUCAACCAUGAUUUCAAUCCAAAAAUUCACUUCACCUUCAGUCCUACAUCGAAUCACACAGACAUCUACCAGAUCACGCAUGAUGGGUUUCUGAUCACCAGGACCAACCAGCUCAAACCAAAGCAGAAACAUGUUCUAGAGGUAAUGGCUAUAGACCAGGAGUCAGGUGAGGCCACCUUUGCGACUGUGGUGGUAGAGGUGCUAUCUGAAGGACAAUCAGUCCCUUAUAGUCCGCUGGGAGUUGGCCGUAUGACAGGCUGCACUGUGGGAAAAGCGUUGUUUCUGAGCCUGGUGUUCACAGCUUUACUUGGAUGUAUCGUGUCUAUGGCGAUGUGGUUGAAGAGAAAACACAAGGGAAAGAGGGACCCACUGGAGAGGGGCUGUGUGGCCCAGGGCAAACACCCGAAUGUGAGCUUACGCUGGUUCCAACUGUUGAGUUACCGUAACGCCAUGCCACACAUGGAGGAAGUGCCCCACAACAACGACGAAUAUGGAACCUACAAUCCCUCCUUCAGCUUACCAGACAACCCUGGCAUCUACACUCACCAAGACCUCCCCGCUUCCCGAGGACCCAUUCCACCCACAACAACCGCUGCCCCCGACACCAGUUUCAUCCCCACUGAAACUGUGCACAGCCCUGUGAUCCUCAAUAAUAAUGUGUUGACACCAACCAAAAGCUCCACUAGUUCACCCACCUUCCAGCCAGCCCCUACACACUUGAGCCCGACACAGAGCGCUCAAGAUGCACCCAAAGACAACCCCUGUUCAUCACCUGACUCGACUAUGGCACUACCUAACACCAGCCCGAGCCCUCCGACCCAUGAUUCCACCACCACCCCACCGUUCACCCGCUCUGAUUCACAAACAACCACCAACAAUGACCCCAAUGAGCCAAUCACCAGCCCCAGCUCUCUAUCCAGUAUUCCAUGCAGCCAUACCCGAAUUGCCUCAGCAGAAAUAGACAAACCCUUCUGUAAACCUCGUGUGAAGACACCCCCAUAUUCCCCUUUACUGCCCUCACCCCUCCCGAAACAGAUCGGUACACCCCCAACUACCCCUGACCAUGCACCUUUCAAAGCCAAGCUGGUCCAUAUAGAUACAUCUCCCCUAGAUACCCCUGUAACAAAGCCACAGCGAACAUCGAUGACUCUCAGCACAGAGGAGGACCAACCCUGCACAUCACUGGAUCAAACAGACGAAUCAGAACACCCACAUGGGGCUUCAGAUGCCGGCAGUCCAUCUCAGGACAGAAGGCCCUCAACAAACUCAGGAAAUACGCAAGAGUGCUGCCAGGCAGAGGAAGUGGAUGAUGAUGGCUUUCUGGGAGAUGAAGAUGCUGACAAGAACACUGAAGGCAUUGAGAGUGAUGGGAUGGACGACAGGGAAUGGAGGAGGCACGGUGAAGAUGGAUGAUACAGACAGGCGGCGACAGGCAUGUCAUCACUGCCGUGUGGGUUUGCUUGUGCUGUAGGUACGCACAAUUACAAUACUUACCGUUGUUCCAUUUGUACCAUGUAGUUUACUAAACGCAUCAGCAUAAACCAUGAGUCAAUUUUUCAAGAAUAUGACAUUCAAGGGAAGAUUAGUUAUAGAACAGCCAGAAUGAACAAGUCAAGUAUAUUGUCUGCAAUUGUUUACGGCUAAUAUUGACGCUGUUUGUUCUCUAAAAAUGAAUCCACAUGGAAUCACAGUGUAAAACGUGUAAAACAGCUGUUGCAACAUCAUUUGAUCUCAUUGUUUGAAACUCACAGUGCAGCAGCGGUUUUGCAUCCUGUGUGGUUCCAUGUACAUUUUUCCUUUAAAUAGCUGCUACUUUAUGUUCAAAACUGUCAAAACGUACUGCAGCAUUAAUUGUUUUGUCAUGCCUAAUCUACAAGCUGCCUCAUUUUCUUUUUUUCUUUGAACAUGAGUAA